CUCGGCUGAAAGCCAACAUUUUAAUAUCAGCGCAACAACCGGAGUAGUUUCAGUUUUCGCAGCUCAUGACGACGCCGUUUUGCGUCCCUCUUAGGCGGAAAUGAGAGGGUUGAAUGGCGGAGGAGUUAGCAUUUGGCGGAAGUGGAGUAUAUCUGCCAGGAAUUCAUGGGCACGCCAUUCCUCUACUAAAUUGUUCGUCGGAGGGCUUUGCUAUGAUACAAAUGAACCUGUUCUUAAGGAUGCUUUUGGAAAGCAUGGUGAAAUUAUUGAAGUUAAAGUUAUAUGCGAUCGUGUGAGUGGGAAAUCAAAAGGAUAUGGGUUUGUGAAGUUUUCAUCUGAAACUGAAGCCAGCACUGCUCUAAAAGAAAUGGAUGGUCAGUUACUGGAUGGCAGACAGAUCCGCUUGGAAUUUGCACACAAGGGGUAAAGGUGGAUUGGUAUGCUGGCGUUUCCCUUAUCAUGGAACCAGCAAGUUCAAAUCUGAUUAGUUUUCUUGGUCUUGCAGUAGUUCUGUAAUCUUAUAUAUGAAAAGUAGUUUUUUUUUUUUUUCGGAGAAUGACGAAGAAGUUUUGUUCUUGUAAUAUGUUGAAAGAAAUUUGGACGAAUUUGGGUCCUAUUGCAUGCAUACAGGAAGACAUAUCCCCUCAAAUAUCCUAAUUAGUAAUUGGUAUAGCUUCAAUUGAUUA